AUUUACCCAGGGUCAACCACUCUACACUGUAUUUGCUCCACGCAAGCUAUCAAACUGUGUCAGCACAGGGUGCUACUAGGACUACUUUCUUAUCUCAACUCAUGCUUGGAUUGGGACAGAACCGAGAAAACCCAUACAAGACCAGCUGAAGGGACCAUCUGUGAUCCUAACUUUGACGGCGGUGACUUGCAGUACACGGCGCAGUAAAGCGAAAGAGGUAAAUUCCCUCCAGUUGAAAAACCGCGACUGCAGCAGUUCCUUAAGUCAUGAAUCUUGCGAAAUCCCCCUACGACACCGUGAGUACAAGUGGGUACUCCAUGUCUUCUAUGCCAGGGAUGAACACAGCCUAUGGGGGCAUGACAAGCAUGGGUUAUCCCCAGCAGACUAUGCAGACCAUGCAGACCAUGGGCUCCAUGGGCGGUAUGCCAGGUACAGGUAUGGGCGCAAUGGGCAUGGGCCAUAUGGGCAUGACUGGUAUGAACAUGGCCAACAUGGGAUCCAUGGGAGGCAUGAAUAGCAUGGGUAUGGGUACCAUGGCGGGACAUAUGAACGGAAUGAGUCCCUCUAUGUCUCCCGUUGGCCUGGACCAUCAAGCGCUUAACAGAGCCCGUGAAAAGACUUACAGACGUAGUUAUACACACGCCAAGCCGCCUUACUCCUACAUCUCCCUCAUCACAAUGGCGAUCCAACAGAGCCCCAGCAAAAUGUGUACCCUCAGUGAAAUAUAUCAAUUUAUCAUGGACUUGUUUCCGUUCUAUCGUCAGAAUCAGCAAAGAUGGCAGAAUUCAAUCCGCCAUAGCUUAUCCUUCAAUGACUGUUUUGUUAAGGUACCGCGCACGCCCGACAAGCCAGGGAAGGGCUCAUACUGGACCCUCCAUCCAGAUUCUGGAAACAUGUUUGAAAAUGGCUGCUAUUUGAGAAGACAGAAAAGAUUCAAGGACCCGAAAAAAGAGUCACUACGUACGGCGGCAAAACAUGGUAUGGGAUCCCCCGAUUCCAAAAUGGACUCCCACGACGAUAGCGGCGACGAACAACCCCCUCCACUCGGACCGCAGCAGACGACGCAGCAGCCCCCGCAACAAACGCCGAACAACACAGGGGAAAACAACACAGAACUGCCCCCAAAGGCUGAACCGAUUCCUCCUUCCCAUUCUCCGAACCACCAGGUUGUUCAACAGUCACACACGGACAUGAGACCCGCAGCGACGUACAUGGACGCUCAGAGUAUGAUGCAAAUGCAUCCCGGUCAGAUGAACGGGCCACAUUUCAAUCACCCUUUUUCAAUAAGUAACAUUAUGUCAGCUGAAAAUAAAAUGGACAUGAAAAUGUAUGAAAGCAUGCAGCAUGCAUAUUAUGGACAAAUGCCGUCGGCGGUGAAUAUUGCUAAAGAAGCCAACCCUAACAUGACUACAGACGGUGAUUAUUACAAAUACGGUCCUCCCCAGUCCUCCGUCACAACAAGUUUAUGAACAGAACAAAAACUGCACUAAAAUGAUAUACCAAAGAGUUUUUAUUCAAGGGUAGAACCGCAACAAAACCUAACUCUUCUUUCGACUGCCAUCUGUCCUUGGAUUAGUCCCGAGGGUCACAGCAGAUUGCAUUUAUAUUAUCAGAAAAAGAUUCUAAGAGUUUACGGUGAGUUUUUUUAUGUACCUCACCAAAUAACUUUAUAACAUUAAUGCAUUUACCGAAUUGCCAAUUGUAAGGAACAUUAACUUCUGACAGCGGAUGUUGUUCAAAUUUGAUGAGCGGACUCGCGCUGUCUUUCUAAAUCAAAAUGGAGAGGUGCGUAUUCCUGUAUUCUUUGUGCCAUUCUUUAUUUUCUCAUGAACCGUUCAUCAUUUACAAGACAAUCAAAGCAACAUUGUUAGCGAACUUGUUUCCAUUUAAGAAAAAAUAUUGUCAAUACUUAUUAUAUUUUGUCAUGGGGCGGUUUUUUUAUUUUUAAAUAUUUAGUAUCAAUGCGAAAUGAGUAUGUAUUAUUAUUAAUAUAUAACAUAAACCAUGGUGCCAUUUAAAGCAGAUGAUCAAACCUAGAACACCACCAUUAUUGCAUUAUUGUAUAUGUGUAUCUCCUUUUCCUGAAAACAGAGUAGAGCGUAAUUUAUCAACUUCUUAUUUCAAAUGAAGUUUUAAGUAUUUUGUCUAUUUGUUUUGUAGUAGAGACGGUACACAAGAGUGUAUAGGAAGUGAUUGAUUUAGAUUAGGGGAAUACUGGUGUAAAUAUUUAAAUAUUUUAUCAGAAAAAAAUGUUUUCCAUAGGGAAAUAGAGGAGAAACUGAUUGCUAAUUCUGUCUUAUAUCAACAUAACAUGUGAUUUUAAUAUGAGCAAAUGUAGAUGUAAAAUAUUUGAGCAAAUCUAUUUUGCUGAACAGGUAAAUAGUAAUAAAUCCACAACCCUUUA